CGGCGAUAACACCUCGACGGACUUGACAUGCGCAACACAGGAAACUGAUCAGCUCACUCUCCUUGCCAUGGGAUAGAUCCUACGGCAAUCAUGACGAAGAUAGUGAUUCCAAGAAUCCUAAGGCUUGCCAGACGGCCAAUCGCGCCACAAACACCACGAUCUAUUAGAAGGAGGGCAUUCGCAACAGUAGCUUCAGACUCCAGACCUUUUGAUGUAGUAGUCAUCGGCGGCGGGCACGCCGGCUCAGAAGCAUGUGCGGCAGCGGCGCGGUCCGGCGCUCGCACCGCCCUCAUCACGCCCAAGAUCGACAACCUUGGCACCUGCUCGUGCAACCCGAGCUUCGGCGGCAUCGGCAAGGGAACCAUCAUACGCGAGAUCGACGCACUCGACGGCCUCGCGGCCCGCGUCAUCGACAAGGCCGGCGUGCAGUUCAAGGUGCUGAACCGGAAGAAGGGCGCGGCCGUGUGGGGUCCUAGGGCGCAGAUCGACCGCGCGCUGUACAAGAAGUACAUGCGCGAGGAGCUGGAGGGGUACAAGAACCUCUCCAUCAUAAUGGGGAGCGUGUCAGAUAUCGUGGUGGCCGAGAACGAUGACGGGACCGCUGGGGCGAAGAGCAAGAUCACAGGGGUCCGGCUGGAGUCGGGCGAGGUGCUGCCGACGACCCAGGUCGUCAUCACGACGGGGACGUUCCUGGGCGGCGAGAUACACAUCGGCCUGGAGGCAUACCCGUCGGGGCGGAUGGGCGAGGCGGCCACGUUCGGCCUCAGCAAAUCCCUCAAGGACGCGGGCUUCCAGCUCGGCAGGUUGAAGACGGGCACGCCGCCGCGGCUGGCAAGGAGGAGCAUCGAUUUCAGGGCGCUCGAGGUGCAGCCCGGCGACGACCCGCCGGCGCCCUUCAGCUACCUCAACGACAGCGUCGCGGUGCAGGACCAGCUGCUCUGCCAUGCUACGUAUACCAACGCCGCUACGCACGACGUCGUGCGCGCCAACCUUGACAAGACGAUCCACAUCCGCGAGACGGUCAAAGGCCCGCGGUACUGCCCAUCGCUCGAGUCCAAGAUCAUCCGCUUCGGCCACCGCGAGCGGCACAUCGUGUGGCUCGAGCCCGAGGGCUUCGACACUGACGUCAUCUACCCCAACGGCCUGUCCAUGACGAUCCCCGCCGACGCCCAGCAGCAGCUGCUCCGCACGAUCCCCGGCCUGGAGGACGUGACGAUGCUGCAGCCGGGGUACGGGGUCGAGUACGACUACGUGGACCCGCGGGGGCUGCGUGCGACGCUCGAGACCAAGGCGAUCCGCGGCCUCUUCCUGGCGGGGCAGAUCAACGGCACGACGGGCUACGAGGAGGCGGCGGGGCAGGGCAUCGUGGCGGGGAUCAACGCCGGGCGCGCGUCGCGCGGCCUGGCCCCCGUGACCGUCUCCCGCGGCGACGGCUACAUCGGCGUCAUGAUCGACGACCUCGUGACCAAGGGCGUGUCGGAGCCCUACCGCAUGUUCACGUCGCGCUCCGAGUUCCGCAUGUCGGCCCGCUCCGACAACGCCGACGCCCGCCUGACGGGCCUCGGCCGCGCCUGGGGCGUCGUCUCGGACCGGCGUUGGCGCGCCUUCUCCGACGAGCGCGCCCAGGUCGCCGAGCUGACGGCCCUCCUCCUCGGCGCGACCCGCCCGGCCUCGGCCUGGCGCGCCGCCGGCUUCGCCGUCCGCAGCGACCCGCAUCCGCGCUCGGGCCUCGACCUCCUCCGCCUACGCGGCGUCUCGGGCGUCGACGACCUCCUCCCGCACCUCCCCGACGCCGUCGCAGCGUCCUUCCCGGCCCGCGUGCGCGCCCGCGUCGGCGUCGAGGCCCUCUACGCACCCUACGUCGCCAUGCAGGGGGCCGAGCGCGCCCGCGUCGCCCGCGACGAGGGCCUGGCGCUCGACCCGGCGCUCGACUACGCCGCCGUCCCGGGGCUCAGCAUGGCCGAGCGGGCGGCGCUCGCGGCCACGCGGCCCGAGAACCUGGGCCAGGCGAGGAGGGUCGAGGGCGUCACGCCCGCCGGGUGCGUCAGGCUGCUGAGGUACGUGCAGAGGGCGCGGGGCAGCGAGGGGGCGCCCGAGGCGGAGGCGGAGGCGGAGGUGGCUGGUCUCGGGGAGGUGGUGGACGGCGAGGACAUGGAGACGCUGGAUGCGAAGGCGAGGGCUGCCGACUUUUGAGCGUUCUUCUGGCCGGGCCAAGGUGUGUCUGGGGAGAGGGGAGGCUUGAUUAUUAUUGUUAUUAUCAAACAUCAUGCAUAAGAAGCGAUAGGAGCGGGAGAACACAUGUAUCAUGCUGUAUGAAUAGGGGGCUUGUCAGUGACUAUUGAAUGAUCCUGGCCAGGAUGGGGUUCCAGCUUCGGUGGAAAUUGGGUUUAUUCUUUUUUACAUAUACAACACCAACCAUUAUAUAAAACAACAGUGGGAGGGUCAUCAUCCCCCCUUAUGUAUGUAGGCCUGCCAAAUAUACCCAUACAGUUAGACAGGGGAACAUUUGGUAACGGGUUAACAGCACGGAAUAGCUUUCAGAAUUCCAUUACCC